AUGGACACCGCCAGCCGGAGCAACGGUAGCGGCGGCCGCCGCGGACGGCUGCUGUGCCGGUAUUGGUGGUGGCUGACCGUCCUGUCGUGGUGCGUGACUUCGUCGGCUCUGGACCAGGACGGGUUUAUGGUGCACCGGGACAACGCGGUGCUCCCGAGGCGGGGUAGGAUACACAAGUUCCGCAAGAGUCAGCAGCGGCCAGAGGAAGCGAAGAACGACGAGCCGCAGAGGAGACCGAACAUCGUACUGAUGCUGACCGACGAUCAAGACGUAGAACUCGGUGAGUUGUGCGACUUUAAUACAUUUUUGACAAUAAUUUUCGUUAAACUCUCCUAGGAAGUGGAUUUAGUGGACAGGUAGAUAGGCGACACGGCAAUAAUUGUUUAUUCUUAUCCGCAGAUCUACCGGUGGAUAUUAUUUUUAGAAAAAAAAAAAACCGUAAACUCGUGACAAUAAUAAACACAAUAUUAAUUAUCCCUAAUGAUUUUUUUUUCUCAAAUAACAGCUCCCGUCUUACAAAAAAAAAACUACCGUUUUCGUCCCGAAUAGAAAAAAAAAAACAAAACAAAUCACGUUUUAUAUUUUAUUGGUAUAAUGUCUGUCGGUACGAUUUCAUAAUUUAAUCGUUAAUUGAAAUAUUUUACCUAUACACCUAUAUUCAUAAUAAAAUAAACAUAAUUUAGUUACAAUGAUAUUAUGCACUUACAAAAAUAUAACAUAAUAUUUUAUGAAUCAUGUAAAAAUUAUACAAAUUACGGAAUAAGUAUAACUAUUAUAUUUUAAAUCCGAUGUUUUUAUAUUCGAACGGAACUCGCGAACGCAGCCUGAUUUCUAUUGCAUUAUUAUUGCACGCACUAACGAUUGUUUACACGGUUAUAUUGCAUUGCACAUAAUGCGCAUAGAAUUUUAUUACCGAUAACACAGGCGAUAUUAUGUGUUUAAAAAUUCGCAUUCUAUUACAAAAAAAAAAAAAAAUUCUAGAAUUAUAAUAGUUAGGUAUACUAUAAUAUUAUGUGUAUGGUUUAAAAUGCAAAAUUACCGUAUCAAUUUUUGAAAAAAACCUGCAGAAAUACCGACGCAUGGCCACUGUGAUACUAAGCAGUAAUUAGUUAUGAACUUAUAACAAAUAAAAAUGAUUGCACGCGUACGUAUUAAAUUUGCAUAAGCAUCGUAGUACUGACUUUUCGUCGAAAUUGUAAGUUACGUGACAGAAUUCGCAGAACAAAAAUUUUCCAUAUAAUUUCCAUUAGUUAUGAUUGUUUUUUUGUUUUAAAUUAUUAUCCGAAAGUCUGUUUCAAUAAACGUCCGAUUUAUAAUAUGUCUAUUGAGUGAUAAAUAUUAAUAUUUAAAAAUUACCGUCGUGAAUUAAGUAUAAGAGUAAAAAAAAAAAAAAAAAUACUGAUUGCAAACAUUGUACUUAAAUGACGUUUCCUAGAUUCAAAUUAGAUCAUAAUAUAAUAUGCAAUACUGCAAAUUUUUUUUUUAUCCGGAAGCCCUUGAAAAAUCUAUAUAUUUUUUUUAAUCUACGGGAUAUGUUAUACACGCUAAUAUACGAUAUGAGUUUUGUUGUCUUAUAUUUCACCAUAUUUAGAUAGAAAAUAAUAUCUUUGUUGAAUAAAUAAAAAAAAGUGUCAGUUCGUCGAGGAUUACGAAUGAGUAUACGAAUACAGUUAAAUAAAAUAUUACUUAUUAUUUUAUUAUUUUCCCGAACAGAAAAAAAAAAUAUAUAUAUAUUUUAAGAAUUGGUCGUCGAUAAAACCCACUGUAACGUAAGAACACAUACAUAUUACGAUAUAUAACAUGCAACAUAGGUUGGGGAUAGUAGUUUCAGAAUUUAAAAUAUUCAGUAAUUUUAUUUCCGAUUAAUUUUUAUUAUUGAAAUGCGAAUUUCGAUUACCCGUAAAUCUAAAUAAAGAAUUUGUUAAGUAUUGUAAUCCAUAUAUUUCAAGCACUCUUUUGAUCACAAAAUCUUUACCGACCCGGCUCGGUCGAUUAGAUUGAAUGUCAAGCCCAGCCCGAUUCAUUUACAUAAUAGAUACAUUAAUGUAUUGCCCGGUUCGAAUCAUUCUUAACGUAAUUUAAAAUUUCACCAAGGUUGCCUCAAAAAAAAAAAAAAAAAAAACAAAAAUUGUUUUGGAUGUUAAUACACAAAUGUAUAACAAAAUAAUAAUAUAUCGUAUUUCAUAAGGCGCGUUACAAUCGGUUAUCAAUAACGGAACCGCUAAAAUAAUAAUUUUAUUUCAUUUGAUUAAAAUGUUAAUUCACCGUAAGCAAAUGAAAACAAAAAAUAGCUGAUGGGUGUGAAAAUAUUAUAAGUGGGAAAUUGAGAUAGUGGGAUACAAAAAAAAUGAUUUAAUUUAUAUUUGUACGCAACGAUUAAUGAUGAAAUCUGACCGAAGUUCGGUUAAACAUGUUUUGAAAAGACUUUAUUUUUACUAUUUUCGUCAAAAUUUAAACUUAAGAUGUUCAUAAUAAAAAUCAUUACGUUCAAGUUGUUUUUUUAAACAUUAAAUACAAUUUAUGAUAAACUUCGUGUACAAUUUUCAAGUAUUUUCGACCGGCCAAAACAAUUUUAUCCACAUAAAACCAAAUAAAAUUUAGAAAUAACUCGAAAAUGGCAAACGCCAAUAAAUAAUCCAAAAAUCGCAGGAAUGUUUUGAAUAUUUUUUCCACGUCUAGAUAAGAAAAAUAUUAAUCCAUGCAAAUUUUAGUUCCCUAAUAUUAUCCUUAACCUAAUUAUAAUACAACUUCGCCGUUUUUUUCUAUACGUUUUUCCCCAAUUAUUAUGAAAACUGUUUGGAAAAUCAAAACGACCCCUUCAACGACCCGCCAACUAGUUCCAAAAUAACACAAAAAUGUUCUCUUUUUGUUCUUUAGAUUGGAGCAAGAUUCCUUGUAGGAAAAUUAAAUAGAAAAAAAAACACACAUUAUAGUAAAACCAAUACAUUCCUCACUCAGAAUUAUUAAAGGUAAUUUAUUUCAUUUUCAUUUUGGCCAGCUCGAGUUAUAAAUAUGAAGUUUAAUCCUGACUUGGUCCGUUUUAACUAAUAAUUCGUUUUAAAUUAGUUAUUGUUUACCCGACCAACCAACACGAAAGUGAGUGGGACAGGCCCGAAAUACUAACACCGAGUUUAUGGUUAGGCUCUGCCCGGCCUAGUAUAAAUAUUAACUUAACUAAGGUUUAAUUUUUAUUCUAUAGCAUAUUAGAACCUAUUUAUUUUGUUAUUUUUAAAUGGGAGUAUCUCGUAUAAUGCCUCUACAAGCUAUUUUCAACAUAAAAAUGAAAUAUAUAUUGGAUUAUUUAAAGAAUAUAUCCCGGCAUUCAAACAUUAAUUGGUAAUAAUUUAUAUUGAAAACAUUUUUUAUAACGUCUAUAAGAAUGAAAAUGAAUUAUUUUUUAUUCCAAUAGUUUUCUAAAAAAUAAAAAUAUAUUACUUUAAUUUAGAUUAUAGUAUAGUUCUUCUGUAGUACGUUUAUACAUAUAUACACUUGAAUACUUCUUUACGCUUGAACGUUUUCAUAUAUAUAUAUAUAUAUAUAUAUUAUUUUAAGAUUGCUAUACAGACACAAAACCAGCUUUUAAGGACCAACAAAGAAGUCAAAAGAGUUUUUGAUUAUUAUUUGUUCUCAAGUUAAGCCUCUUGUCAAAUAAUAUAUUUUGUCUUUGUUAUUUUCUGGGUUGGGAUAUAAAAAAAAAAAAAUGUGUCAUCCUGCUGCAGUAUAUUUCAAUAUUGAUUAUACGUCUGCUUUUAUACAUAAUAUAUGGGUACCUAUAUUACGUAUAUACAGUAAACAUUCGAUAACUCGGAGCUCUAAGGAAAACAAAUUUAACAUAGAUGUAAUCUAAAAAAAAUAAUAAAAGAAUAACAUUGUUAUAAUACUGAUGUAGGUAGGUAUAUUUCAAGGUGACUAUUUUGCUUUGCGUUUUUGAAUAUUUCGACUAAUAGAGUUCUGUGUUACCGAGAUUUUACUAUUUAUGUCAAUUUAAGUUAAGUAUAAAAAAAAAAAAUCUACAUAAUUUUAACCUUGAUUAUUUUAAAUAAUACCUAUUCAUUGGUAUAAAACAUUUUGUGGUUUUUAUAUUUGGAUAGGUAUUGAAUUAUUAAAUAAAAAUGGUAUUUCUAUAAUAUCAAACCUCCCAAGUAAAAAAAAAGAGUUGACACUGCUGGUGGGUGUGCCAUUGUUGUAGGUGGGAAACUGGGAAAUUGGGAAGGUACGGUAUAUACAGGAAUUCAAUUUAUACCUAUAAGCAACGAUAAACCAUUACUAACAAAAAAACGAUUCUGAGCGGAUUUUGGCUGAUAGUGUUGCUUUUGACAACAAUAUAUAUGUCAUAUUAUAGUAAAAUAAUUAAAUAUGCAUUAAACAUUUUCUUUAAUAAUAUUUGUUUAAUAUUGUACCUAUUUUCCUGUUUUUUCUACGUUUUUUUCUAGUUUUUCCCAAAAAAUUACCUCAAUAAAGUACCUCCUCAGUCAGAUUUUAAUUUAGAAAAAGUGCUAUAAUUUUAAAUUGGAGCAAAAUUUCCGGUAGAAAAAUUGUUCACAGAAAAAAAAAAUAAAAAAAAAUAAACACUAUUGUAAAACCAAUACAUUUCUCGCGUCCCUCUGAAUCUAAAAGAGGAUAUUUUAAAUUAAAAACCAUGACAAAGUAUGGUCACAUUGUGUUGCGUUUUGUUUAGUAUUCUACUAUUUUCUACUCCCCGAUUUAUGCCGUAGUUCUCUACUAUUUUGGCAAUACUAAUGUUAGUCAAUAAGAAGUGGAGAAUUAUGAUAAUAGGUGAAGUAAAGAAAUAUUUGAGCGGGGAUUGCGUAUUAAAAAACUGUGAUCAUACCUAUUUAAAUGGUAAAAACACUAAAAACUGUAAAACCAAUACAUUCUUUACUUCGCUCAGAAACUAAAAAAAUACACAUAUCAUUAUAGAACCAAUAAAUACAUCCCUCUCUAGAGUUAAUGAUUUUAAUAAUUUACUAAUUGGUAAUUAUUUACAUCACGACCAUGGCGUGGCGUAUUUAUUUUUCUUAUAUAAACUUUUGGUUUAAAAGGUUUUUUAAUGCAUAUUAUUUUAACUUUAACUGAUAUAGCAAUGUUUAUAAACAAAUUUGGUAAUAUGCCAAUAAUCAGUAUAGACGUCUAUAGACGAUUCUAUUCGAAAAUCAGUGUUGGGUAUAUCCUAGUUCUGAGGGGGGGGGAGAUUUUAAAAUACUUAUAGGUAAUGGGGUUCAUCCCCCUCAGCGUUUAUUACGGAUUUUCAUCCAUAGGGGUAUCGUACAUUUCUAAAGGGUAACCAAAGACAUAGUCGGAUAUAGGAAUUUUUACACAAGGAGAAAAAGUAAAUAAAAUAUACUCAAUGAUAAUUUUUUUCUGUACCUCGAUAAAAAAUUGUUAUUUAUGUAACACAAUAUAUUAAAAUUGCAUUAUCAAGAAGAUAUCACGUAUCAUAUCACAUGUAGUUUACGUAGAAAUGUAAUUUACAUUUUCAUUAAAUUUGUCUGUGGGAGGGGGGGAGUAAUACCCCCGGUUAUCUCCCCGAAAUAAACACUAAUCCUUCCCAUUAUUUGUUCUGGAAAUCCAUUACUCUAAUCUGCACGAAAAAUAUGCAAAUUUCGUUGGUUUUAAUUUCUAAAAAUGUUUAUAACCUCUUUCAUUGUUCUUUUUCGACAUGUUUUGAUUGUUCUAUUUUAUAAAUUUUCGGCUGACUCUUACUAGAUGACGUUUUACGAAAAUAUUUAUUUUGAUCAAUAAUAAUUGCGGUGAAAUAUGAAGAUACAGUAGAAGCCGUUUAUUAGGAACACGGAUAAUUGACACGUUUCACCUCGGUCCCAAAGUGUUCCUAAUAAGCGGCUUCUACUGUAUUUUGACACAAUAUAAUAAUGUAAUUGUUUGUAACCAUAAAGUAGAUUCUACAAAAAUAAUACUUUAAAUAUUCAAUUCAAUUGAGAUACUAUGCAUAUUAAACUUUAAACAACAAAUAAUACAACAUGAUCCGUUGAUAAAUGAUAACCAUAAAAAAAAAAAAAAAAAAGUGAUAUACCGAUGUGUGGGUACAAUAAUUAUUAUUAUUGUAUAAGUACAUGUGAACAACUACGUCGGUUUAUAAACAACUUUGCAAAAAGCAACUGUUGAUCGUUGGUCUUCAGUCACCGAAAUAUAUAUCACUAUAUCAAUAUACAAUUUAUUGUUAUCUAUCUCAGUGGCUUUAAGAGGACGAUAUACGCGCAUCUGCUAUUUCAGUCUAACUACUGGGUAACAUGCAAAAACAAUGCUUACGCAGAAUAAGUAAAACUAGCUUAAUUUUGAUUUUAGAGUAAAAGUAGCUAUUAUGAAAGUUAUAGAGCAUAAUAUUUUGGAGGGAAUUUCGUAGAGUUUUUGUACUAUUCAAAACAUACAGAUCGUUAUAAUAGAUACAAAAACCUUUAUUUUUUUUAUUAUUUUUUAAAUAGUUUUUUUUAAAAAACUUAAAAACUUUUUUAAUAGUUCUUAAUUCAAAAAAACCCUAUGAUAUUAUCUUCGAAGAAUUGUUCUCCAUAAAUUUCAUAAUAGGUCCUUUUACUCUAAAAUCAAAAUUAAGCUAGUUUUACUUAUUUUACAUGAUCAUUGUUUUUGUAUGUUACCCGGUAGUUGGACUGAGACAGUCGAUGCAGGUAUAACGUCCUCUUAACACAAUUAUAACAGCAAAAUAAGCAUGACUUCUUAUCAUUUCAACUGACUAAAAAUAAAAAAUAAAUGAUCAAAAUUGUAUGAUUUAAUGUAGUUACCUUUUACUUAUAUACCUAUAUAAAUUCUUAAGUAUUAAGUUUUCGUCAUCACUAUAUAUUAGCUGAUGAAAAUACCAAGGGAAGGGGGGUGAUCGUCCACCAAUCGUCCCCACCCGAUACCCGCCAUUGCCAAAAAUCACUAUAUACUUAGGUAUGUGUAAUUAUAGAUUGUUUAUUUAUACAAAGUUAAACUCUGAUAGUCUAAUGUAGUAAACCAUUUUUUUUUGUAUAUACAAUAUACAUCGAGGAUUAAUUUAUGAAACGUCUGAUGUAGAUACACCAUAUAAUAUACCUUCCUAAAAAUAGUAAAUUUUCGCGUAAUAAUAUGUGCUCGAAUUUCAUGAUUGAACAAUAUUUUUAGCGUUAUAGUUUACGAUUAUUAUUGUUACAGGUAUUUUUUGAAUAAAUUUAUUAUUAUACUAUGUAUAUAUUAUAAUAAUAAAUUUAUAUACUUAAUAUAUACUAUAAUAGUGUUAAAAAAUGAAAAUUAAUAUAAUGCCACUGUAAGGUAUUAUCGACUGAUGCUUUCUUAUCCCUUAUUCUUUUACACCUUGCAACAUUACAUAAGACAAUAUACCUUUACAUUAAAUAUAUUAAUAUUUAUACCUGUGGUUCUCUUUUUUUCGAUUUUUUUUCGCGUACCACUACAUGUAUUAUGGAUCUAUCUGUACAAAUAUUUAUCAAUUUAUUUUCCGUAUUGCUACCACGCGACUUUCUGCGUACCAUUAUGUUGCCUACCGCGUACUACAAUUUGAGAACCGCUGAUUUAUAUAUGAUGAAAUUCAAUUUUUUUUUUUAAAUAUAUAUAUACUAGGUGCCUCGCCCGUGCCAAUUUUAUAUCAUUAUUUUUUCAUCCAUAUUCCUUUUUGGUUUUGACGUUUGACCAUGUCAGUAUUGAAUGAAAACAAAUAAGCGGAAAGUCGGUAAUCCACCUUCGACGGACAAAUAGUGUUCUGUUGUAAAAUUUUUUUCAUGAUCUUCGUAUUAAAAAUAUCUGAAAACGGAAUUUUGGGGAAGGGGGUGGAAAGAAGUGAAGGUGUACCGUAUUAUAGUCGUCGCUCGCAAACCACACGGAGUUUCUUUUAUACCUUUAUGUGUGUAUUUGCUGACAAUUUAUAAAAUUAAUAUCUCGGUUGUUAAUCUAUAUAUAAUAUAUAAAAAUUAAUCGAUAUUUUGUUGGUGACGCCAUAACUUAAAGACCAUCCAAAUUUCCAACUUUUCCGGUUAAUUUUCGAACAAUUUUCUUUCAUACAAACGUUUAUUUUUAUAUUUAUCAUCAAUUUGUUAUUGUUAUGGAAAUAUGUGACAACAGAACUGAACGUCAAUUAUUGAAUUAUUUUUGUUGAUUUACUGAUGACCUUGGUGAUAUGGGUGAAAUAAAAAAAAAGCAUUGAGAUUUUCAUACAAAAAUACUAUUCACGUUUACGAAUUUUCUGGCCGAUUUUCAAAAAAUGUUCUUUCAAAAAAAAAACCUUUUCCUGAGAAUUACAAAUACAAUAAAAAAAAAAAUCAGCUAAAUCGGUCCAUCUGUUUUCAUAUUAUUGGGUGACCAACAAAAUAUCGAUUAAUUUUAGUAUAUUUGUAUUUAUUUAUUUACGGAACAAUUUACAAACAUAUGAUAAUGACAGUGCGUGUGUAAUAUGUUACAAAUAAUAUAAUAAUAAUAAGAAGAUGAAUAUAUAAUAUUACCUGUAUGCAUAUAUCUAUUAUUUUACGCGUUAUUUAAAAAUUAAAAUAUAUUUUUAAGUACUUACAAACUAAUAUAUUACCAUUGCCUUUUCUUAUACAAAUAUUAUUAUUAUUAAUUUGGAUAUGUACAUUAUCUAUUAUAGACAUUUUCAUUGUCACAAUUAUUCAUAUCAUGUAUUCCUAAUAUUAAUCGGUAUAGUGUAUAAUACUUAUAUGAUUAUAUUCCUUAAUUUUCUAUGUAUUAUAACCCGUUCAAUUUAAGGAAUUUCGACAUAUUUGAUAGGAAAUUAAUAAUUAUAUGUACAGAGUUCCCCACGAUGAUCUGCCACUUGAAAUAACUUUUGUUCCAUUCAAUAUUUGUAAUAUAUAUUUUUUUCUGAUAAUUAAUAUGCUUCUGCGGUACAGUUCAUGUAUACAAUUUUCUAUUAUAAGUUUCCCUUCCUAAAAAAAAAAAAAUGUUUGUAUACUAACUGUAACGCAGAGGCAUACUUAUUAUUUAAAAAAUAUCGAAUAGAACAAAAGUUAUUUCAAGUAGCAGAUCAUCGUGGGACACAGUGGCGUGUCGAAGUAUGUUUUUUGAGGCAAUUGUCUCAUGAGUAAAAUGGGUGAUCAGUAAAGUGGAUAAUCAAAUAUGUUAAAUAUUAAUUAAGAUUGACUAGUUAAGAGAUCAUAAAUGCCUUUAGUUUUGCGUGUUAUAGGUAUUAUUAAUUUAAUUACUUACGAAUAUGAUAACCCAUAUUAUGUAGGCAAUUUAGCUAAAUAAAGUUGUUGCUGUAAUUAUUUCUAGGACAUAUAAAAAUCCAUUUCUAUGAUAGGUGGGUCCUAAUUUUUUUGUUUCGCCUCAAAUAAGAAAAAUGUUUAGCAUGCUACUAGUGGUACACACUGUAGACCUACUUGUUAUUAUUUUAUUGUUUUUAUAUUUGAUCACAAAGAUUAAAAAAAUCAAAGAAUAAUAUUAUGUUAUUGUUGUAUUAGGUACUGUAAUACCUACAUAAUAAUACUAUAAGGACUCUUGUCAAAUUGAUAAUAAUAUUGCUAUUAUUAUACAAUACUGUUUGUAUUCAAACAAGUUAUAUUUUACCUAAUAAAAAAAAAAAGAAAACGCUAUAGUACAUUUAGUUAUGAUUGUCUAAUAUUAUAUUUGUUGGACUUUGUUUGAAAAACAAAAUUUGUACAUACUUGUGUCUGAUAUAUAAAUAAAUUCGGAUUGAAACGUACAAGUUUAGUAGAAAUAUUGAAAUAUUAUAAUUUCUAGUCUAUAGAGUAUAAAAUAUAGACUAUAUACCAGGGGUGGCAAAAUAUCUUGACACUACGUGCCAAAAAUAAACUUUUUUCUUCCGAGCAUGCCAUUAAAUUAUAAAAAACAUUGUACACAUGUAUAUUAUAGAAAAAAAAAUGUGUGCAAUUUCGAUGUUAUUAUUUAUUAUUAAAAAUAAAAAUAUAAUAUAAAUAUUUCAAUAUUUUAAUAUUCAACAUUUUUUUACGUGCCACCUCGUGCACGAGUGCCAUAAAUUUGCAUCAAUGUUAUAUACCUGUAAGUUAUAUUUAUAAAUAAUUAGUUGUCACUCGUAACUUAUGCGCGUAGAAUUUCAUAAGGGCAUAAGGCCUUCUCUCCAGGGUGUAUAAAAGGUAAAUAGUAUAGGGUUCCUUAUUUUUGGAUCAAGUUCCUAAGUGAAAUAACUAGUUCAAAUAAUUUUUAAAAAAAAAUCAUGUAAUAAACUAGUUAGGGAUUUUUCCAUAGCAUCGAGAUAAAUUAAAGUCUUAACCAUUGUAAAGACACGUAUAUUUUAAAUGGGACAAUUCAAUUAGAGUGCCUUGAUCUAUCAAUAGGCGCUCUUAAUUCAACUCCCGUGGGGCUUUAUCUUGUCUCAAAAUAAAAAUCUGAAAAGUUACUUGAUAUUUUAAAAAUUAGUUUGAACUAGAUUUUCCACUUAAGAACUUUGAACUGCAAAAAAAUUCAAAUAAAGAACUCCAUAAUAAAAAGAUUUUGAUGUAAUUUAAUGAAAUUUGAAUACACUUAUACAACAGUAAAAAUUCAAAUAUAGUAAACGAUAAUUUCAACUAUUAUACCUAAAUUAACUAAUUUUAUUGUAUACUUUUUUUUCCGGUUAAUCGACAGCAUUAGUGGUAAUUUUAUUUUACAUUAAUCGACGCCAUUCGGUUUUUUCACAAUAUGGAAUUAACAAUCAUAAAUUUACAAAGUGAUUUACAGUACAACACAUGAAUCUAAAUUAUUAGCUAAAUUCAUUAUACGAUAUCAUUUUCCCUCGUAAUGAUACUUCUUCUUAAAGUUACUUAUCAGUGGCGUAGCUACACAUAAAAACGCUUAAAGUGAAACUAUUUUUUUUCGCCUCUACAUAUUAUAAAAUAUAAAAUAUAAAUUAUACUGAUUUUCAUUAAAACAGUGUUGAGAUUGUAUGAUUUGUCUACUAAAUACUUGAAAAUCACCAGCGCCCUCAUCACACAUGUAAACCCACAAAACAAAUUUAACGCCCCGAAGCAACUGCGACUCUACACCACUGUUACCUUAGUUUUCAGUUUUCAAACCAUACACAAAAAUCAAAAGCGUCCACUGUUUACUUAUGUAACUUUGUCAUUCCGUUUAAUCUUAUACAGAAAACACUAAAUUUUUGACAACCUUUAUCAAUCUUUUAAAGUGCUGAAUUUCAAAAGUCUACCAAAUACAUGUUUAAUUGUAUUUAUUUGAUAGAUCUUAUACUUAAAGUUCUAGGUUAUUAAAAGUAUUUUUCAUUUUUCAUCAUAUAAACUUCGACACCCUUUUUAACCCCUUAAGAAUUCAAUUUUGAAAAACCUUUCUUGGUGGCAGUCCAUUUUAUAUAAGUAACCUCUGUUCAAAAUUUUAAAUUUCUAGACUCAGCGGUUUGAGUUGUGCGUAUUGUUAUGUCAGCUAAUAAAACAAGAACCUGACUGUUUCUUAUUUUAUGUAGAUAGUAAACUAGUAAAUAAUAAUACAUAAACUAAACUCAUAUAGAUCAAUUAACAUCCUGAAUGACUUUCAACGGAAUUACUUUAUGUUGUAUUAUUUGUAUUGUCAUUGAAUAUUUAUAUUUAUUAUAAUCAAUAGUAGGUAUAAAUGUAUUACUAAGAUUUUAAGGGCCACUAUCAUAAAUUUAUUAAACGAAGGAGUUUGUUAGAUUCUUAAAUUGAGUUUUAUGGUUGAUAACAUACCACGUGAUUGGUCAGUUAUCUUAUAAACUCAUUUUAAAAAUCAACUUUUAUUUUGGUGAGAAUAAAAAAACGAGAAUCGUACCAUUUUUUUUUUUUUUUUGUGCGAAAAAGGCUAUGCACGUGUUUUAAAACCAUUCAAAUUGUAACAUAUAAGCCAAUAAAGUUUGUGGUAUCGAAAAUUCUAUUUUUUUUUCCUUUUUCAGACUGAGCACAGUUUUAAUUCAUUUUUUAUAAAUUAAAGUUUUAAUUAAAUAAAUUUAGUUGAAAUUACUUCUACAUUAUACUGGUUGUUAUUUUCAAUAGCAAUACAUUUGACUACAGGUGCAAGUAAAAUAAUAUUACAAUUUUUACGAACAUUACCUGUCGUUAGUUUAUAUAUUUUUUUAAAUUUUAAACGUAUAAAAUCGAUUUUAGAAUAUAAAGUAAAAAAAUAAAUAGUUGUAUAAGAUAUGUGUUAAGACUGUGAGAUUAUUAUAAAAAUGUAACCUGAAUUACAAAGAAAAUACUCAUUUGGUUGGAAAAUGCCAUUAAAUGAAGGGUGAAAAAUAAGAAUAGAUCCGCACCAAGUUAUAGGAAAUAGAGAUGUAGUUAAAAUGAGGAUAUGACUAAAAUUCCAAACGUCAUAGAUGAGGGGGCGAUAAAAAGAUUUCCAACCGAUUAUAAAUAAAUUGAUGGGUAUAUGCUAUAUAUACUGUAUAUACGGGUAUAGGAUGACUGUGACUUGAAUCUGAGUCGUUAGUGGGGCGACAGUUUGACGUCACGGAGAUUCGACUAUUUGUAACCAUGGAAAUACAGAGUCCCCGAAAAAAACCAUGGGAAAAUAGCUGGAAUGAAAUUUUACACGCCUUUUUGUGGGAAUCGAAAUGUAGUUUUUUUUUGUGAAAAGAAAUUUUAAACAAAUUCUUACAUUCGACUUUAGUUACUAAAGUUUGAAUCAAUCUACUAAAAAUUAUAUUCAAAUUAAAACAUGCCCCCAUAUUGUGGCAAAAUAUUUUCCUUGGUUUUGUUAGACUAAAAUACAAAUAAAAUCUUUUGCUAUGGGAACCUACCUAUUUUUUCUAGUCUUUUGUGUAUUAGGUGUUUGACUUUGUAAACAAGCAGUAAAAAGGUGUCCACCCCCUGUAAACAGGUCAACGAAAAAAUAAAACAACUACCAUAUGGUUCGAAUAACCUUUUAACUAUUUAAAUAAUGGACAGUUAAAAAUUUGAAUAAUUGGGGAAGAUUUUGCAAUUUUUCAAUAGGUACAUAUAAAUAUUAAUAAUAGUAAUAAUAUUAAUAAUAAUAGAUACUCGUCAUAAUAAUACUUUAUGGUGAAUUUCAUCCAAGGUAAUAGUGUAGGUAUAUAUUACUUAUGUAAAUGCUGGAAAUAUUUUUCUAUGCGGCUAACAGCUGUACCAUGAAGAAAAUUCGGAAUGUGGCGAGACGACCAUUUUUCUCGUCAGAUAAUACAUAACAUACCACCUCUUUACCAUGAAUAAUAUAAAUGAAGCAAGUACUUAUGUAUGCGUAAUGAAUUUUAAUUAUAGAAAAAACUUAAAUGUAUAGAGUAGACCGUAUGGUAUGAUACAUCAUAUAUAUACAAUAUACACACAUAUAUAUAUAUUAUUGAAUGAAAUACGGAGGUUUUCUAAUGAAGAUAAAGUAAUAAAUUGAUAUUUAUGAAAAACAUAGAUUUCAUAUAGUCAAGUCGACAAAAACGAAUUUCCAGGAAAUACAAUUUUUAGAAAAUUAGCAAAUUAUUAGAAAACAGAAAAUAAUUGUAAAUGUUCGGUUCAAGUUAACGAACAAUAAUAUAGGAAUCACUGUUAUAUUGUUUACAAAAAAGUGUUUACUUUUUUUGAUUAUCUUAGUCUAGAAAUCUUUGGAAUUAAAAAAGUUGACUUACUAAUGAAUAUAAAACAGGACAAUAGUUAUUAUUUUCAUUCUAAGCUCUAAGGAGGUUAAACUACCCCAGGAGGGAUUGUUUGAAAGGUACUAAGGGAUGAUAGAUUUGUUUUGGGCAGUAGAGAGAGGGUAGACAGUGAGUAUGUUUUGGAUAGUGAGCGGCGAGCGUGUUUUUGUGCGAUUAUUUCAUAGAACGAAAUCAAGUUCUUUUUUGAUCAUUCAUUUUUCAUUGGUGAUUUCAAUUUUUGUUUAUUAUUUCAAUUCAGCAGCCCUCUUCUCGUUCGAAUACUCAUAAUUAUGAGAUUUCUAAAUAGGAGUGCGUAGAAAAAUUGUUUUUUCUUCAAGGGGGCGGUAACUUUAAAAAGGUUGAGAAAAACUGUUCUAGCCUAUUUAUAAAUUGAACAUUUAAUUUAAAUAGGUACUACUGAAGAAAAGGUAAUUUAAAAUAUUUUACCAGUAGAUUAGGUUCGAUUUCUAAAUUAAGCUUCAAAAUUAAAUGAAAUGAAAUAAUAGAUGAAUUUGUUAAUAUUAAAACACAUUAAAGAUAAUACGUUUGAUUAAUUAUUUUAUACAUACUAAUAAAUUAUGAAAAAUCUAAUAAUUUAUAUCAAAUAAUUAAUAAUUAUAACAAUUAUAAUUUUAUACAAACUGGAUUUCUUUUUUACUUCAUGUAAACUUCAUGUUCUACUUUUUUAAUCUGUAUUAUAUCUAGGUUCUUUAAAUUACAUGGAAAAAACUAAAAAACUGCUAAGAGACGAAGGGGCUGAGUUCCGACAUGCCUACAGCACUACCCCCAUGUGCUGUCCGUCCAGAAGCUCGCUGCUUACUGGUCUAUACACACACAACCACGAAGUGUUUACAAACAAUGACAAUUGCAGUGGACCCGUUUGGCAGAAUGUACACGAGUCAAGAACAUUCGCCACCUAUCUGACAAACGAUGCAGGAUAUCACACAGGUAUAGUAAUAUGGUACUAUAACCCUCCAUGCAUUAUAAGUACCUACCUAUUUAACAUCUACAAUGUUUUAGUUUUAAAUUGUUUUAAAAAAUCAACUCGCUAUUGCAACAUGCAUGUAUUUUAAGUAGGUAUAUACCUACUGUAUAAACGGCUGAAACAUAUUAAUUAAUUGAAGUAAAAUCUAAUUUUAGGAUAUUUUGGAAAAUAUUUGAACAAAUACAAUGGGAGUUAUAUACCUCCAGGUUGGCGACAAUGGGGAGGUCUCAUUAUGAAUUCUAAGUAUUACAAUUAUUCGGUGAAUCUGAAUGGCAAGAAAAUUAAGCAUGGUGACGACUAUCAUAAGGUAAGAAUCAUCUAUGAUAUAUUAUUGAUGUAAUUAAAUUAUUUGUUAAACUUGUAAUUUAUUUUAGGAUUACUAUCCAAAUUUAGUCACCAAUGACUCAAUAAACUUUCUUCGAUACACAAAACAACAUCACCCUCAUCGUCCAUUUAUGCUCGUAAUGAGUUUUCCAUCACCACACGGGCCUGAAGAUUCUGCACCGGAAUACUCCAAUAUGUUCUUCAAUGUGACUUCACACCAGUAAGCUUAAACUAAUUAGGUACAAGAUUUAUGUGAAAUUGAGAAGUCGUGUGUGGCAACUAGUCUGCACAAUUUGUGAAUGAAACCGGUUCACACCGAUUUGAUAGUGCUGAUCGCUAUCAAACCUAUUUUUUAACUGGCUCUAAUAUUAUGCUCCCAAACCAUUUUAAAUUUUCUAAUAUUUUACUAUUACUAUAAAUAUUACGAUACUAAUAUAAUAGAAAUACUAUAGUAAUAGUAAAUUUUCUAGUAAAUCAUACAGAAAGUAUUAUAUAUUUUAAUUCAUUUUCAACUGUCACUAUACUUUGCAUAGUUUACUAGUUUAGGUACCUAGUCUACUACAUUCUACAAAAAAUAAUUUUCUUGUAGUAAAAUUAAUACAUUGAUUUAUUCCGAACUCUUACAAUUAAUAAUAUUAUUUUUAACAUUAUAUGCAAACCAUGUUUUAAUAAUUUUUUUUAAGUUUAAUGUUUAACCUUUGUUGAAAAUUUAGAGCUAUUUACAACUAAAAAACAUAUAUCUAAUCAAAUAUAGAAAAUGGUAUAAAAGCAUAAAGUAAUAAAUCUAUUUUGAAUCAUAUCUUAUGCUUGAUUAUUUAAUCAAUUCUCAAAAGUUUAGCUGUAAUUAUUACACUAAAAUAAUGUACUAAAUUAAAAUUAUAUCAAUGAAACACAAAAUAUAACAGUUGUUAGACAGUUGAUUGUAUACAUUUGUCUUGCUUUGCUCACUUUGGCACAGAAUAGUGAAAUAAUAUUACCUAUUUUAAAUUUAAAUACAAAUCAAAUCAUAACCGAUUUUAGAAAACCACAAGUUAAAAAUUUGAAUUUAAAUAGCAGUUAACAUUUUCAAUUAGUUUACAUUAUUAGAUCACUUAUAUAUAUAUAUAUAUAUUAUAUUAUAUUAUAUUAUAUUAUAUUAUAUUUAUUAUUUACAGUACCCCUACGUAUGACUUUGCUCCAAAUCCUGACAAACAAUGGAUAUUACAAGUAACUGGACAUAUGUUACCAAUACAUAGGGAAUUCACUAAUUUAUUAAUGACUAAACGAUUACAAACAUUACAAAGUGUAGAUGAUUCUGUUUCAAGAGUAAGUUAACAAGAGUUAAAACAUUUAAAACUAACUUUUGUUCUAAUUAAAAUUUGUUUACAGGUUUAUGAAGAACUAAAACAAUUAGGCGAAUUAGAGAACACUUACAUUAUUUAUACUUCAGACCACGGUUAUCACUUAGGUCAAUUUGGUCUUGUUAAAGGUAAAUCUUUUCCAUUUGAAUUUGAUGUACGUGUGCCAAUGUUGGUUAGAGGACCUGGUAUUGAACCUGGAACAAAGUAAAUGUCUAGAUCAAUUUUAUUUGAAUUUAUUUAUUAUUACUUGUAUUUGAUUAUUUUAUUUAUUUUUAGAGUAAAUGAAAUAGUUCUUAACAUAGAUUUGGCACCUACGUUUUUGGACAUUGCUGGAGUUAGUCCUCCUCCUCAUAUGGAUGGUCGAUCUGCAUUCAAAUUAUUUCAUAAACAUAAAAAGGGAAAUAAAAAGUUUGUCGCACAUUGGCCUGAUACAUUUUUGAUUGAAAGUAGUGGUAGACGAGAACACAAUAAAAAUAAAAAAAAUUCUACUUCCUCAUUGCUAUCUAACAAUAAUGGUAAAUUAUUAUUAAACUAAAAAUAACAAAAACUAAUCCACAUCAUUUUUUUUUAUUUUUUAAAAGAUUUUAGUAUAGAAGACGAUUUAGAAAUGGUUGCUGGUAGUAAAGCUAGCAAACUUUUUGUAUUGUGUCAGAGACCAGAUUAUCAGACCCCUUGUAAACCAGCACAAAAAUGGCAUUGUAUACAUGAUGGAUUUAGGUUUGCAUUUUUAAAACAAGCUAUAUUUUAACUUGAUAUAGUACUGAGUAUAAAUCUAACGCACUUUGGUUUUUAAGCUAUAUUUAUUAAUCAUUAUCAUAUAUUAUUAUGGUUUAUAGAUGGCGAAAACAUAAAUGUAAUCUAAAAAAACGCAAUGAACUUCUAAAUGGACUAAACAAAUGUACUUGUUUUACUGCUGAUGGGAAUUUAUACACAAAACUUGAAAUAGAUAAAAAUAAAAAACAUAUUUCUAAGUAAAAUUUAUUGUCAACAUUGAAAGUUUUUAUUUUGAGUAAUUUUUUAAAAAUUUUUUUUAGAAAUUCAAAAAUGCCUCACAGAAAUCGAUUUCGCAGGGAAAUUUUAACUCCUCUCAAUAAUAAUAUGUCUUCAAUUAUAAAUGUAUUAAACAAAAAAAUUGAUGUCUUACAAACAUCAGUCAAUGAUUCCUCGUUGGCUAGUUGUACAGUAACUCCUAAUGGUGAUGUUAAAUGCACAAAUAUUGUAUAUAAUAAUCCAAAAGUUUGGAAAUUCAGUCAAAGUCAUAUCCAAAAACAAAUUUUAAAUUUACAAGUGAAACUAGAGAAACUUAAAGAAAUACAAAAACACUUAGAAAAAAAACGACCAAAUUUUGAAGAGAAAGAAGAUGAAGAUGAACAUAAUGAAGAGGAUUCUGCUUUUAACUUUUCUACAGACUAUUCGCCAGCUCAGUGGAACCCUAGGUCAGUAAAAUAAUAAAUAUAAUUUAAAUUUAAAUUUAUUGUAAUAGAUAUUUAUAAUUAUCCAUAGUAUGAUACCUGUACACAACUACAACAUGGGUCCUGACAGUGUACUUGUAGAUGGUGUUGAAUCCCAUAGGCUAAGACACCAUCAUGGAAAUAAGCAACAGUCUGAAAAUGUCACUGAGACUCCUACAGAUUCAUGUUAUUGUGUUCCUUUCAUGUAAGUGCAUGAAAAGAUUUCUCCAUUUGAUAUGCAUAAUAUUAAUGAAAUUAUGAUUUUGAUACAAUAGGUUUAGUGAUAAUGAUCCUGCACUAAAUAAAGAAGUGAAAAAACUAUUGAAAGUACAUAGACAAAAGAAAAAAGGACGAAAGUUUCGAAAGAAAAAUUCUAAACUAAAUAAGGAGUGUAUGUUAGAAAAAAUGAACUGUUUCAAUCAUGAUAAUGAUCAUUGGCGAACAGCACCAUUUUGGACAGGUAUGGUGAUUUAAUUAACAUGUUAAAUAGGUUUACACUACUCAUUAAAAAUACUUCACAAUUAGUACAUAGUAAUCAUAGAUCAUCAAAAUGAUAAUUUUUUUAUUAAAUUUUAAUUAAAAACCAUACUAUUUAAAAAAUAUAUUUUUUAAACAUAAAUAUUUGUUUAAGUAGGUACUUAAUGUAUUAUUUUUUAUAUUAAAACUGCUGUGUGUAAUUCUUCAAUAACAAAUUGUUUAUAAGCAUUCCUGUAUUUUUAUUAUAAAAAAAAAACUAACAGAGUAAUAGUUAUAAAAAAAAAAAAAAACAUUAAAAGUAUAAUAUAUUUUAUUAACAUAAUGGCAUAUUUAAGUUUAGAAAAUGGGUUCUUAGGCUCUUAGAGGCCCUAUAGCAAAUUGUAAUUUUAUAAUUAUGUGUGGCGGAUAUUACAGUAGGUAACAAUUUUAGAAAAAUAAAAAUAAUUUAUUCUAUUCAAAAAUAAUGUUUUAUCUGUCUUUUCAAACAUUAGUAAAAUUUAAUUUUAAUUUAUUUAAUAGUCAUAAAGUACCUAUACAAUUGCUUUUUAUGAAUUAUUUUUUUUUUUUACAGAGGGACCGUUUUGUUUUUGUAUGAACGCAAACAACAACACAUAUUCAUGUCUCCGAACAAUUAAUGCUACACACAAUUUCCUCUACUGUGAAUUUGUCACUGGGCUGGUAACAUUUUAUAAUAUGAAAUUUGAUUUAUUUCAACAGUGGAAUCAAGUGAACACUUUAGAGCCUAAAGAAAGGGAAUGGCUUCGAUCAUCACUUGCAGAAAUGAUACGCUGUAAAGGUUCUGCUCAAUGUGCACUAAGCCCAGUUAAACGUAGAAAAAAACUAGAGGGUUUUAAUCCAUUGUCAGCUGUUGGUAAGUCUUUAAAUUCUAUAGUUUUUAUGAGUAUUUUGCUAUACUGAAUACUCCAUUAUACUAUUGACAGAUGAAGCAAUAACAAGUAAAAAAUUACUUAUGGAUCAACCUAAAGAUGUGGACAUUGUACGAUACCGAUAG